AUGGCAGCAGCCAGCUGGUACCACCGGGACAUCAGCAGGGUGGAGGCCGAGGAGCUGCUGGCCAGGGCCGGGCGGGACGGCUCCUUCCUCGUGCGGGACAGCGAGUCGGUCACGGGGGCAUAUGCCCUCUGCCUCCUGUGAGUCCCUGCUCCUGGUUCCUCUCCUGCCCCUCACCAGCAUCCCUGUCCCUCUCCCUGCUCCAGGUUCCAGCGGCACGUCCACACCUAUCGCAUCCUCCCGGAUGACGAGGGGCUGCUCUCAGUGCAGACCAUCCAGGGCAUCCAAGCCCAGUGUUUCCACACCCUCCCUGACCUGAUCUGUGCCUACCAGCACCCCAACAACGGGCUGGUGACCCCCCUGCUCUACCCCGUGCACCGGGCACGGCGGGUACCCGACGACAACUUGGAUGGGGAGGAUGGCCGGGGCGGGGGGCACACAGUGCCAGCCACGGUGGGCACAUGGUCCAGCACUCCCGUGGCCGGCCAGACCCACAUCCCGCAGCAGCUGCAGCAGAGGCUGCAGGAGCAGGUCCACAGCAGCCCUGCCAGUGACUUCAUGGGCUUCGUGGCCGAGUACCUGAACCACCACGUGCAGCUGGACCCACAGGCCCUGUGCCUCGGGCACCCACAGCUGCAGCACCUCAGCACUGCCCUGGCCACAGCCUGCCAGCCACUGCACAGUGAGAUCGACUUCACUCUGGCGGGUCUGGAGACACUGGCCAGGGUGUUUGACCCCCCUGUGUCCCCUCGCAGCCCAGCCAGGGAGCAGGGUCUCCUGACCAGCGAUCCAGACCUUGAGCUGCUCCUCCACAAGAUAUCCACUGUCAACCAUCUCCUCUCUUUGCUGGAGAAGAAGGUGCUGAAGUCGCUGCAGGAGACGGUGUCAAGGCACAACCUGGCGCUGCCCAGUGCGGUGGUGGGGCCCCCCCCGUCUGCCAAGCCCUUGGCUGUGCAGAGCUUCGAGGUGAAGGCGGGCAAGUCUCAACGCGUGGUCCUGCUGGUGGACGUGGAGUCGGGCACGGUGGCCAUCACCAAGCGGGGCAGCGGGUCCCCGGAGGAGGUGAUCCCACAGGACAAAAUCCUGCAGCUGAUCAAGUACCAGAGUGUGCAGAGCAAGGUGAGGCUGGUGUGGGCCCGGGAGUCCCAGAAGAGUGGGCAGGGACUCGUCUUCACCAGUGCGAGGAAGCGAGAGGCCUUUUGCCAGCUGCUGCAGCUGAUGAAGAUCCAGCACUACUUGGAUGAGCCUGAGCUCGUCUCAGUGUACAUUGGGACAUGGAACAUGGGCAGCACUCCACCCCCCCGCUCCCUGGCCUCCUGGCUGACCUCGAGGGGCCUGGGGCACACUCAGGACGAGACCACGGCCUGCAUCCCCCAUGACAUCUAUGUCAUUGGCACCCAGGAGAACUCCCUGGGCGACCGCGAGUGGGUCGAGUUCCUGCGCGCCUCCCUCAAGACCCUCGUGGCCAUCGACUACCGAGUGGUGGCCCUGCAGUGCCUCUGGGGCAUCAAGAUCAUGGUGCUGGUGAAGCCGGAGCACGAGCGGCGCAUCAGCCACGUCCACACCUCCAGUGUGAAAACGGGAUCAGCUCAGUGGCAGCACAUCCCUGCAGGAACAAAGGGAGCUGUGGUUCUCCUUCCUUUUCAACGGACCUCCUUCGGCUUCAUCAACUGCCACCUGACCUCUGGCAGUGAGAAGACCCACAGGCUGAACCAGAACUACAGUGACAUCCUGCACUCCCUGGUCCUGGGUGACAAACGUCUGGGGGGCUUCGACCUCACCCUGCUCACCCACCUCUUCUGGUGGGACCUCAACUACCGCCUGGACAUGGGCAUGGAGGACAUCCUUGCCCAUGUCACCCAAGAAGGAGUUCAAGCCCUCUUGGCUGUGGACCAGCUCAACCUGGAGCGGGAGAAGAACAAGGUGUUCCUGCGAUUCAGUGAAAGUGACAUCUCCUUCCCCCCCACGUACCGGUACGAGCGGGGCUCCCGGGACACCUACGUGUGGCAGAAGUUCAAGCCCACGGGGGUGAGGAUCAAUGUCCCCUCGUGGUGUGACCGCAUCCUGUGGAAGUCACACCCGGAGACCCAUGUGGUCUGUAACUCCUACGGCUGCACUGAUGACAUCGUGACCAGCGACCACUCGCCCGUCUUUGCCACCUUCGAGGUGGGAGUGACAUCGCAAUUUGUGCCCAAGGAAGCCCCUGGCUCCAGCCCCGAGGCACUGGCCUGCAUCGAGUGGGAGAGUCUCGAGGUGAUCCUGAAAACCACCAGCCACAGCAAGUGCUACAUCGAGUUCCACUCCUACUGCCUGGAGGAGAUGCAGCGGAGUGGGGAGAACACCUUCCAGAACUGUGACAUCCCUGGAUUCCUCAAGUUGGGCUGGUCCGCAAAGCACUUACCUGUGCUGAACCCCAUCCUGCCAGACCUGGAGUACCUGGGGGACCAGCACCUGCUCCUCAGCAUCAAGGGCGUGGAGAGCUGCGAGUCCUAUGGCGAGUGCUGCAUUGCCCUGAGGUCAAUGAUAGGCAGCACAGCCCAGCAGUUCGAGACCUUCCUCUUCCACCGUGGUGAGGAGACGGGCUCCAUACGCGGCUGGAUGCGGGUCCGGGUGCCCACGGAGCGGCGCAGCACCCGCGAGAGGCUCUAUGAGUGGAUCAGCUUUGAGGAGGAGGAUGCUGAGCCGGUGACAGACACCCCGCUGCACCCCAAACCACCCCUGCAGCCCCGCAGAAGCCGGCCCCGCAGCCUCCAGGCCACCUGCUACACCAACCCAGCCUACUUCAUCUUCGAGGGGGUCCCCAACACGUGGAUGCCGGCCCCCGGUGAAGCCCCCAACAAGCAGGCAGAGAGCCCGGCCGGGGGCCAGCGGCGCUGGAGCCCCCCUGGGCUGCCCUCAGGGGAGGAGCAGUGGGGUGGCCGACCCCGCUAUGGGGCACCGAGCCCAUCCUGUGGGCACCCACUCAGCCCCCCCGGCGUGGGCCACCACAAGAGACCCAAAUCGGCCAUCCUGGCUCGGGACGCGGCGGGGCUGGGGGACUGCUCGCUGUCCGCGCUGCACGUGGCCACCCACCUGAGCCAGGUGUCCCCCGAGGGCAGAGGGGACACCCAGGAGAUCCCGCUGCGCCAGACCCACCGUGUGCUGGAGCCGCCCCCGCGGCCCUGCCGGGAGGUGCCGAAGCCCCUCGGGAAGCGGGGAGCUCUGGGCGCGCUGGACCUCGGGGCUCAGCCCCGUCAGGCGGCCGACCCGCAUCCCGCCUGGAUGUAG